UGCCUGCUUCCUCCCAUCCCCUCCCACUCCACGCUCCUCUCUCUUCUGAGAUCAAGCGCCUCUCUUCCCCUCUCUGAGCUUCACUCCAGUCAACAUGGCCACACUUGUAACCUCGACCAGGUUCACAGACGAGUAUCAGCUGUACGAGGAACUCGGAAAGGGCGCCUUCUCGGUCGUCCGCAGGUGCGUCAAGAAGUCCACCGGACAGGAGUAUGCUGCUAAGAUCAUCAACACCAAAAAGCUGUCGGGCAGAGAUCACCAGAAGUUGGAACGCGAGGCGAGGAUUUGUCGAAUGCUCAAACAUCCAAACAUAGUACGACUCCAUGAGAGCAUUUCAGAGGAGGGCUUCCAUUACCUCGUCUUUGACCUUGUGACGGGAGGAGAGCUGUUUGAGGACAUUGUUGCGAGAGAGUACUACAGCGAGUCGGAUGCCAGCCACUGCAUCAAUCAGAUCCUGGAGAGCAUCAGCCACAUCCACCAGCACGAUAUUGUCCACAGAGACCUCAAGCCGGAAAACCUUCUCCUCGCCAGCAAGAUGAAGGGAGCGGCUGUGAAGCUCGCAGAUUUCGGCCUUGCCAUCGAGGUGCAAGGGGACCAGCAGGCCUGGUUUGGUUUCGCUGGAACGCCAGGAUAUUUGUCACCCGAGGUGUUGAGAAAAGACCCCUACGGCAAGCCGGUGGACAUCUGGGCAUGUGGUGUGAUCCUCUACAUCCUGUUAGUGGGGUACCCUCCCUUUUGGGACGAAGACCAACACAAACUCUACCAACAAAUCAAAGCGGGCGCCUACGAUUUUCCGUCCCCAGAGUGGGACACCGUGACCCCCGAGGCCAAGAACCUGAUCAAUCAGAUGUUAACCAUUAACCCUGCCAAAAGAAUCACUGCUGACCAGGCCCUCAAGCAUCCCUGGGUCUGCCAACGCUCCACUGUUGCCUCCAGUAUGCAUCGUCAAGAGACGGUUGAAUGUCUGCGCAAGUUCAACGCCAGGAGAAAACUUAAGGGAGCUAUUCUCACAACAAUGCUGGUAUCCAGGAACUUUUCAGGCCUGGGACGGCAGCACACCAGCCCUGCUGCCACCACCAGCACGGCCGCUAUGGCCCAGGAAGGUUUGCCUGGACUCUAAAGCUACUUUACUCUCCGAGGUCGGAGUGGAGCCUGGAUCCUGGCUGGGGCGAGGCUGCUCGGAAAACUCAAACGUGGGGAAAAUAUUACAAUCUUUGAAAAGGAAAAAACAAAAAAAAAACACACAUCUUCAAAAAAAAAAAUGUUUCAAAAGCUUGAAUGAAUGACUGACCAACACCAAUCCAGUCCAUCCCUUACUAGAUGAUGAUGAUGAUGAUGGGGGGGGGCUCGGGUGGUGAGGCCCUGCCUUGCAGAUGGUGCAUGCUUCUGAUGGCUACACAGGGGUGACGCUGUCCUGGUCCUGUUCUCCCACGGCCUUUUUUCUCCCACCCUCGGAUUUGUCUGACUGUUAGAAACAUCAAUCUUCAUCGUUACUUAAAAAGAUUUACUGGGGGCGGCGAGUAUAUUUGGAAUAACGGGAUCACUUUUGCCUGAGCAGAGACGCAAAAGUGUUUUUAACUUUAAUGCAAGUAUUUUGUCUUUUAACUGUUAUACCGAUGUUAUGGUAAGGUUCAUGGGAACGAGCGACUAAUGCGUCUUUAACGUCAGGUUGUAUUAGGAGUCAGGUCUGAGCCUCGGCAGUGUUUCAAUGUGGUAUGUUACUGGAGGGACCUUUAGUUUGAUCUUUUGUUUUGAAUAUGCGUUGAGAGCUUUGUGUUAUGUCCUGAUUGAGGGAUUUUUUUUUUUAAAGCAUUUUGCGUUGACAUUUUUUAAUAAAAAGGGGUUUUAUUUAAUGUGUCUAUAAAGAGAUAUUUAUACUAUGGAAAAUUGGGGAAAUUUGUUUUCUUGAUGUAGGAAGGGAUCUUAUGCAGAUGUUUUUUUUUUUCUUUGUAUGUGAGGUCCAUAGGUGUAAAUACAAAGAUAUCGUUGGACAGCAUGCAUGCGCAUAAGGCUCGCAGUCGCCCCGUGCUCUUUUAAGGUCAAGUCUAGAGCUUUUUAGACUCAUCGUCCAAGGCCAGCCGAUCCUGAAGUUGCAGGACUCAUCUGUGUGAUCUGCAGUGCUUUGAUACAAACACAAGGUGGCAUCGUUGGUGAAAGAAUUUCCAAAUCUGAGCAAAGGCCAGCUCUUGGUUUGUGUGUGUGUUUUGAGGUGAAGCAUGAUUUCUCCAACUGGCCUUUUUUUUUUCUUUGCACACUUAAGACUUGAUGCUGUUGCGUUUGCUCUUCUGAAGGAGUGAACCUUUCUGCAACUUCAGGUCACGCUCGCUGAAAUCCCACCAUCUCGCUCUACCUCUACCCUCCUCCUUCCAUCGUUGACCUUCACGAAGCCGUCGCUGUCGUAACAACACGCCGCGCGAUGGAGACGCCUCUCCCGCACACGUCUCUAGUUCUGAUCGUGUUCUAACCGUAUAUCGUCCGUCUUGGCUUGCUGUACUUCCGUGUGAAGUCCUGGUACUGUAAAAAAGAAAAAAAAAGUCUGGCAGUCCGCAGCUGGGGGAUUUGAUGGGAAGAGGGCUCCCAUCAGGACCUUCACUGACACCAGUCAGUGGGAUUUGGUCCUUUUUUUUUUUUUAUUGGUCUCUGUUCUAAUCGUUGUAGUCAUAAAUGUUUUGAUGUUUGCAUUUCAAUGUCUUUUUAGGCUGAAAUAAAAUGGGUAGGGGGUAAAAAUGAGCAAAAGGUGAGACUUUU